AUGGUUGACACCACUCUUGAUCUUGACCGUCGACCUUAUGGACGUUUAAUAAUGAUUGAGAGCCCGCCGAAAGAUUCCUCUACACAACCUACGGCAUCCUCUCAACAUAAGGCAGAUGAAGAAGAGGCCUUGGAAGCUUCAGAGACGACAAAUCUGCUUUCCCCAUCCCAAGAUUCUCAAAAUUCACACUCCGCGUUCGACUUUUGGCGAGUUAUGCUAUGCGAUUCUCGUGUCCUAACGGUUCUACUUGUGAUCAUCUCGGGCACAACUGUGGGCACGAGUUUUCACGCGACGCUCCCUCUGCACGUGCAGGAGACAUUCGGAUGGGGCCCAGGCAAGACUGGGUUUUUAUUCUCCUGUCUGAUUGCCCCUGGUCUCCUGAUCGGGCCCCUCGCUGGCUGGGUCCGUGACCGUAUCGGGGUACGGCCACCUGCCGUGGUCGCUUUAAUACUUCAGGCAGUACUACAGGGUCUGCUAGGUAUUGCCGGAAGCGAUCGUGUUUCCUGGGCUAGUGCGGGAAAGUGGGGAGGAGCAAUUUAUAUAGCCUCUAUCAUGGCUAUUGGUGCAACGAGACCUUUCAUGACGGGCAUAGGACCCACCGAAUUGACUGUUGCUGUUAAAUCUCAUCAAGAGAAGAACUCGGGCAUCUUUGGACCUACUGGUGGCAUGUCUCGUGUGUUUUCUAUGAUGGAGGUUGCCGCUUCUCUUGGAAUGACAAUUGGGCCGAUCAUUGGUGGUUAUCUGAAGGAAAUGGUUGGCUACGACUAUAUGAGUUGGACAUGGAGUGUUCUAUAUAUUAUCCUCGCUGUACUUGUUAUGUCCUUCUUAGGAUCUAAGACCCCCGAUAACACGACCGCUCCCGAGGAAAGUUAUUAG